AAGGAUGUCGACGAGAGCGGGAAGGUCGAGAAGGCUGGGGAUAAAAGUAGCAAGGGGAAAGGGAAAGGACAGCAAGCGGAAGAACAGGAGGUGGAGAUGGAUAUUGAGUGAUCGAGGGACUUCGAGGUCGUGCCUUGCCUAGGUGCGGAUGGAAGACGCUUCCCGCCGGCCACCCGAGGUAAAGCUGAACGGGGCAAAGGAGAGUCCUCGCGGGAUGGAUUAUACCUGCAGGUGUGUUGUUACGUUUGCGGUUGUGCACCAGGAGACAAUCUCGAUCUGGGCGGGCGGGCUAGUUGGAGAGGUCCAUCGGUAUCUUGGCCCCGAGACUGCCGCAGGAGGUUACCGAAGAGGAAUGCUGUUGGGACUGCGGGAGUACGGCGGAGCUGAGAUGGUAUUAUAUGGUGCUACCGGGGGAGCAUCCGUGUGCCGGUGUGCCAGCCUCUUCACCUUCAGGAUGCUUCUCGCAAGCAUGAUAGAAUGCACAACCAGAACCAGCGUACACAAAGUCACUACACAAUGUGGCAUGGAGCGUAGCAACAAAACAUUAAAUAAUCGAACAAGGAAACCACCGUGUCGCAACGGUGAUCCGUCUAUGUAGCCACGCUGGGAAUGUCACAUACAUACAACUGCUGCAGGCAUCCUGAAUUACGCUGCAGACGCAGCUCAGAACCAAAUCAAUCACAAGCCACCUUAGCCCCUUUGAAUUUUCCUAAGAACACAGAUGCGCCCUUUCCGUUCGGCCGAGGACAGAUCAGCCUGCCAUUUACAGAACAAGCAUAGUAACGCCCGUAAACAGCGCGACAGCCAUGUACAGGCCCACCUCCAAGCCGCCGAAGGCAAAAAGGCGCCUCAUCAGGGGCCCUUGAGUGAAUGAGGGCGCCGCGUUCUCGUCGGUG